UGCAGAAGGAGGUGACAUAAAACACAAAAAAUAAGCAAAUCACAGAAGAAUCAGCACAUUCGAGAGACUUAACCUGUCAGACUGGAGAUCAAUAAGUUGGAGCUCCUCUAGUGUGGUUCAGGGCCUUCUGAAUCACAGAUUGUCUGUGCUGAUCGUCCCACUCUCCAUUCCUCUCUAAAAUAUCUAAACUUAACUUACCUGUAGAAGACCCCAAUGGCAGUGAGCUCAGAUCAACUUCUGUCAUUCAAUGAAACGAAAUAAUAUAAUACAAUUGAGGCUUUAAGACAAUACAAGAUUUUGAUCUAAACAGGUGCAAAAAUGUGCAACACAAGUCAUUUUUAAAAGGUGUGAUUUGUGGCUUUCAGCUAUGCUAGGCAACUGUAAGAACUGUGCCUUGUGAUUGGGUAUCAUUAGCCAAUAGGAUUCUGGUAUGAACACAUUGAGGUUUCCCAGUGUACUUGUAAUGUAUAGUGUCAUGGGUUGUGUGUAAUUUAUUAGCCCGAUCUGUACAUGUAAGAAUACAAGUACAGCACUAAUUAAACUUAUAAAUACAAAACAGACACCAAUUUCAUUCAUUAUUUCUUUUUUAAAUUUUUUUUAAGAAGUUUAAUGUUUUACGUUACCAGGUUUUGACCUUGUUUAAAACCAACUGGGAGGAUAAAUUUAUGAUCCCUGAAUUAUUAAACAAGCCUAAUCAGCCAAAUAAGAAAGACUUCAAAUCUGCAGAUUUCUUCUGCAAUACAGAGAAGUACUUCAUUAUUGUGUAUGAUUCAUUGUUAUGUAUUUGUGUUUGUUCUAUUUAAGUUAUGCCAAAGCCUAUGAUCCUGACAACUGGUUUAUCAUUGAUGAAGAGACCGCUGAGAUUAAACUUAACAAAGUGCCAGACAGAGAGUCACCAUUCUUGGUGAAUGGUACUUACAUCGCAAAAGUUCUGGCAAUAACAAAAGAUAUGCCAUCAAAGACAGCCACAGGAACAAUUGCCAUUCAAGUAACUGACUCCAAUGACCACUGUCCAACGCUUACCACUACUCACAGCAGCUUAUGUUCUAAUGAAAAAAUAGUUUAUAUCACAGGCUUUGAUGAAGAUGUUAGUCCUAAUGCUGCUCCAUCACAUUCAAAAUAAUACCUGAAGGUACUCGAGGCACCUGGGAAGUAGAAGGCAUCAAUGAAACAAGUGCCGCUCUUCAUUCUCAGGAGGCAUUAUGGCCAGGAUUAUAUGAGCUGCAAGUAAAAGUGUUUGACGCUCAGGGUCUCUCUUGCGAGGCCAAUGACAUUUUUAGAGUGGAUGUUUGCACCUGUGUCAAAACAGAGCACUGCAAUGUACGGGCAGCCAAACUAGGAACAACUUCAUCUGAGCUCUCUGCUCCAGCCAUUGGUCUGCUGCUAGUAGUAGGAUGCAUAAUAUUGUUCAUUCCUUUUCUACUGCUGUUCUGUCAAUGUGGAGGAGCAGACAACAUCUUUCCUGAUCAAUUUAAUGACUUACCAUUUGAAGCCAAAGAACAUCUCAUGUCUUAUCACACUGAAGGCAAAGGUGAAGACAAGGUUCUGCCACUCCAAAGUGUGCCUGUUAUGUUGGGCAUGCAAAGCAAAGCUGAUUCAGCAGAUGCACAGAAUUUUAGCAACAUUUCAUCAAGAAUCACAGAAGCACUUCAGAUAAACACCUGCUAUAAUAACAGUUUACCAAAAUAUCAGGAAAACGGACAUAAUUUGUUGGAAGUUGACAAUGCUUAUGAAUUUUCAAGGGAAGUAGUCAACCAUAGCCAUGGAACUGCUACAUUUGGCAGACAAAGAUCUGGCAUCCAAAACACAACAGCUAUGUAUGAUAUAGCCCUACCUGAUACAUUCCUUGGUGAUUAUUAUUCACAGAAAACAGCAUGUGCUGUGCCAGUGAAGGAUUCGAUUUUGGAAUUUGAUUUCGAAGGACAGGACUCAUCUGCUGGAUCAGUGGGCUGCUGCAGUCUCCUAGAUUCUGACAACGAUCUGCAGUUCCUCAAUGACCUGGGACUAAAAUUUAAAACUCUGACUGAAAUUUGCGCCCCUCCUCUCCCAAAAGCAUUACAGACAAGCAGUGUUGCCAAUACCACUGACAUUGUUGAACCAAUUGUAAGGUCCAAAUCUGAGCAAAUUGUUGAAACUAGUAAUACCAGUGUACAGAAAGGGGGAAUUAUGUCAUCUAAAAGUUCCAAAUUGUCUGUCAGUACUGUAACCAAUACCUCACCAUCCAUAACACUUCCUCAUUCUAAGACUGCUAACCAUCACUCCGAUUCUUGCCAUCAUCAGAGUCUUAUGCUACAGCAGCCAGUUUACUACACCACUAACACCGUGCCACAGCCAUUGCACUAUAUUGUUCAACCACAAAUACCAAACGCAAUUAUUCUAGCAGAAGGGACUCAUAAAGCAAAUAUUCCUGGUUUGUAUGUAGUCAGUGAAUCCCAGACUCGUUCCGGUCUUGUAAUCAAUGGACCUCAAGUCUCGCCUUCUGGUAUAAAUACUCAGGGCACUGACAGCCCCAAAAUCCCAAUGCAGCCUUCUAGCCCCACAAGUCUAUUAAGUCCUACCCUGGUCUUACCUGGUAGUCAAGGUUUAUUCAAGGGCUCAUUUCCUAUGGAUGGUUGGAACAUCAUAGGAACAAACCCUGAUGGUAAUUAUAUAGUAAUUAAAAAGAAAAACUUUUUAGUUGAGGCAGAGAAUGUGGACCCGGGUUCAUCUCAGGGCACUUUGCCCAGGGGUGCUACCUCAGUGAAAGAGGCUGUUCCCCCUCAGGGGGUUUUAUGUCCAGCAGCCCAGGAAACUGUGUAUAACAAUGCUGAAAGGGACAGAGGGAGUGGGAGGCAACAACAAAUUAGGGAUGGGCACGCAGGGCAUACAGGUUCAGGGUUAGCAUCGGUUUUCAAAUCUAAUGUUGAGCAUCUGAAUUUCGGAAUUGAACACAUGCUAGCAGGAAUUUAACAGCUGCAAUGUGUACAUUAGUUUUUAGGGGGGUCAAUGUAAACCAUUUUCAGGGAAUUCCAUCUUUACAACAUACAAGUGAUGUUCCAAUAACAUGUAAGUCAAGCUCCUAAAAGCAAAAAAGGCCCAUACUGUAAUAAAUACUACUAAAGCUAAUGAAAAUACUCAAUUUAUCAGCCUUUAAAAGAAAAAGCUUUGAUGAGAAAAGCAAAGCUGAUGCAGUUCAUUGUCUAAUGGUAAGGGAAACAGAAAAAGAUUUUGUGCAAAUAGAUAUUGUAGUCAUCUUCAAAUCAAAACAAGAGAUACCAUUAGAUAAAGUUAAUAAGGUUGUCCAUUUUGUAUAUGACAAUGACACUAUGCAAGCAUCACAAAGGUCUUAGACAUAGUGGUUGAGAAACCAGGCAACAGAAUAGAUAAAAUUCUGUCUGAUUAAAUUAGUAAAACCCCUCAUUGAAAAAAAAAUUCAGAUGUGAAAAAUCUAAUGAUCCACAUGAGAGAGCUAAAGAAAAGCAGGAAAGUUGUUUGUUUUUUUUCUAAAGAUUUUUCUAAUGAGGUUAAAGCUAUAGUUACUUGAAUGUCCUUCUCAGAUUUCCUAUCUGGAUCAGACUUUAUUUGUAAAAUUAACACCUAAACAAUAAAAAUAAAAUCUUUUCUUAAGGAGGGGAAGACAAUCAAGACUAUCUCAAUACUUCAUCAAACACAAAAGAGGUGUAGACAAAGAGGUAGCAAUAACUUUAAAUUAACUAAGAAGAAAAUGGUUCAUAACUGUAGGCAAUACUCAACCAAACUCGUUGAAGAUUUCUCUACAGAUUUAGAAAAAUUAAAAAUGACUCAAAUUAAACUAAAAUCCAAUGUGGAAAGCCUAAGUAGCAUUGACUUUCUUUCUACUGAGGAGUAGCAGGGACUAAUUGAAAGCUCCCACUCGGAGCAGGAAGAAAGCAGCACACUAAUCCCUUAAAUAUUAAAAGUACUUGGGCCUGGUUACUUAAAGCUUGUAGCUGGACAAACUAACAAUGUGGGAGAAGUGACCAAAGUGCACAACCCACAAAAGACAUACAAAAUAUAAGUGAUUUAAUUAAGAAAACAAAUUAUGGAAUACAAACAAGGUAGACUUAGGAACACAAUCUAGGAAGUAUAAGGCUACACAAACCAUCUUAAAUUCAAUUGCUUAGCAGGGCAAAUCUCAAACACAAAUGCUGAACACAAAAUCACUGCUAUGCAGGAAAAAAAAACUACUAAUAAAAAACAACAACAUGAAAAUACAAACCCAGGUUUGUAUAUUCUAUAUGAACAAACCUGGCACACAAGCUUGGAAAAGACAAUGUAAUAGUAUAAUGAAUGUGUAACUAUGACAAUGAACCAACAGAGAGUAAAAGAACACUAAGACUUUAAAUAGAAGACAAUACCAGUGGAACUAACACUGAUUAGACACCACGAUACAGAUGAAAAUACAUUUUCAGAAAAAAAAACUAUACUCCAACUCUAGACAUAACUGCUAUGUAGACACUGCAUUUACAUUCAACUCGUAUCACUUAUCUCAUUUAACUGUCGGAUUCUAUCUGUAAUUCACUGUUUGUCUGGGUUUUUUUUGGCAUCUGAGGUAGAAGAGGCCCAGCUGUGGAGUGUUGCUUAAUUUUAGGUAUGUUUGUGUUAGAGGCAUCCCUUCAUACUAAAAUUUUUGAAUGUAUUCAUUUAUGCCGGCAUGUGGGUACAUUUUUUUAAGUAGAUGAGUGGUUUAUACAGUUGUUGGGGGAUAUAAAGGCUUACUAAAAAACAAAUCAUCAAUGCUUUUAGUAUACUAUUGUACUUGUUGCAUAUUAUCCUUUAACUUGUCAAGUCAAAAUUCAUUUUGAUGCCUAUUAUAUGUUGUGUUGUUUGUUGUUUACUAAAGUUUACUGUUAUACUAAAGCUCAAUUUUAUCAGGUAUAGUUCCAAUUGUCCUCACCAUAUUUGGACUAAUAGGAGUAUACUUAACAAUUUUUAGGGCUAUACUUAUACAUAGAUAUUUUUUUUUGCUAUACUAAUUGAAAUAAACACUAACAAACUAUGUAUUUAAAUAAAUAACCUGCUGUUAGUUUAAAAGUAAUGCUACUAAUUCACUUAGUUACAGCUUGUUGCGCAGAUAGUUUUUUGAUUAUAAGCACAUGAAAAUUUAAUUUAAAGCUUGCUUGUUUAUUUUAGAUUUUAAAAAUAUAUAUUAUUAGCACACUUGCAUACUCUGCUUUUAUAAGGGCUGCUUGUAUUGAGCCAAAUCGGGGCCAUAAGUCUUGACUAAGUAAAACAUCAUUUUUACAAAUAUCGUAAUUCACACACUAUAGAGCGCACCUGAGUUUAAGCUAGAUUUUAAUUAAAAAACUUUUUUUUUCAUAUAUUGGCCACACCAGUUUUUAAGUUUUUUUUGCUGUAACUUUUAAUUACGUAAAUACUGCAAAGUUUGUUUAUGGUACAGCGCCUGUAACAUGGCUGGUUAAAAAAAAAAAAAGUACAGCAGUAUACCACAAAAGUAAUUGACCAAUAUCUACUGCUGCCUUCUGCGCAUAAAACCACUAAAGUCAUCGUCUUUAGUAUGAAAAUAAACACACUUACUAUCUUU